CACGGAAAGCUCCCUCCUCAUGUAGGUAAUCGACUUCUGAACGCUAUCGCCUACACACCACGGCCACACGCCACUCUCUCCUCCCUCUCCCCGAGCACGACAGUGAGGCCAGCGUAACACAAUGCGGUCCCAUCUGUUGCGCUCAAUACCGCGCACGCCCGCGCUGGCCGCCCGCAAUGGCUCCCGGGCGGCGCGCACCUUUGCCACGACCGCACAACGCCAGGCCGACGUCGAGCUCACAGUAGAUGGAAGGAAGGUUUCAGUGCCAGCCGGCACCGCGCUCAUCCAGGCAUGCGAGAAAGCUGGAGCUACCGUGCCCCGAUACUGCUACCACGAGAAACUCAUGAUUGCCGGCAACUGCAGAAUGUGCCUCGUCGAAGUCGAACGCGCUCCAAAACCUGUAGCAUCAUGUGCUUGGCCUGUACAACCCGGAAUGGUCGUGAAGACGGAUAGUCCGCUUGCCCACAAGGCUCGAGAAGGUGUCAUGGAAUUCCUGCUGGCGAACCACCCAUUGGACUGCCCCAUUUGCGAUCAAGGUGGCGAGUGUGAUUUGCAAGAUCAGAGCAUGAGAUACGGAGCAGACCGUGGGCGAUUUCACGAGUUGAGCGGCAAGAGAGCAGUCGAGGACAAGAACAUUGGACCUUUGGUCAAGACAUCCAUGAACCGCUGCAUUCACUGCACGCGUUGUGUUCGCUUUGCUAACGAUGUUGCUGGCGCGCCAGAACUCGGCUCAGCGGGACGUGGAAACGACAUUCAAAUUGGCACAUACCUCGAAACCGCACUGGACACUGAGCUCUCUGGAAAUGUCAUCGACCUCUGCCCUGUUGGUGCCCUGACAUCUAAGCCUUAUGCAUUCCGCGCUCGUCCUUGGGAACUUGGUCACACUGAGACUAUCGAUGUUAUGAACGGCCUCGGAAGCAACAUUCGCGCAGACUCUCGAGGACUCCAGGUCAUGCGCAUCCUUCCCCGCCUGAACGACGAUGUCAACGAGGAAUGGAUUGACGACCGAAGCCGAUUCGCCUGCGACGGCCUCAGCACACAACGCCUGACUACGCCCUUAAUUCGCCGCGACAACCAAUUCCAGCCUGCCACGUGGGAGAAUGUACUCGUCGAGAUCAAGGACAAAUUUGAUGAGCUUCAACCAAAGGGCGACGAGAUCAAGUUCGUGGCAGGUGAGCUCGUGGAGACGGAGACUCUGGUCGCUGCUAAGGAUCUUGCCAACAAAUUGGGCUCGGAAAACCUCGCUCUUGAUUUCACUCAAGGUUCCAGCCCGGUUGCGCACGGUGUUGAUGUCAAGACUAACUUCUCCUUCAAUUCGAAAAUUGUUGGCGUGGAAGAGGCUGAUGUUAUCCUUCUGGUCGGAACCAACCCCCGACAUGAAGCUGCCGUGCUGAAUGCUAGAAUACGCAAGCAAUGGCUGCGAUCCGACCUCGAAGUUGGACUCGUAGGCGAGGACUUUGAAUCCACUUUCGAGUACGAGAACCUUGGAGCCAACGCGAAAGACCUCAAGAGUGCACUCAGCGGUCCCUUUGGGGAGAAGCUCAAGAACGCACAACGACCAUUGAUCAUUGUCGGCUCUGGAGUCACGGAACACAAGGACGCCAAGUCCAUCUACGAGACCGUCGGCUCGUACGUCGAGAAGAACAAGGCUAACUUCCAGACCCCAGAAUGGAACGGCUACAAUGUUCUGCAGCGUGCAGCCUCGCGCGCUGGUGCGUACGAAGUCGGCUUCACCGUGCACAACCCAGAGACCACCAACACAAAAGCGAAGGUCAUGUGGCUGCUCGGCGCAGACGAAAUCGACGCUGCCGAUAUUCCCAAAGACACAUUCGUUAUCUACCAGGGACACCACGGUGACCGUGGCGCGGCCCUGGCUGAUGUCGUCCUUCCAGGAGCUGCAUAUACCGAGAAGGGUGCCACAUAUGUGAACACUGAAGGCCGUGUGCAAAUGUCUCGUGCAGUCACUUCCGUAUAUGGAGCGGCGCGGGAGGAUUGGAAGAUCAUCCGCGCCGUUUCGGAAGCGCUUGGCCAACCGUUGCCAUAUGACGACGUUGAAGCCCUUCGCGACCGCAUGGAGGAGAUCUCACCAGCACUUCGAAGAUACGACAUCGUUGAGCCUACGUCAAAGGAACUACAAGCUCUCAGCAAGGUCCAGCUUGUUGAGCAGAACAAGGGCGCGACUGUUUCGGGCGAACCUCUCAAGAAGCCUAUUGAGAACUUUUACUUUACAAACACCAUCACACGAUCAUCGCCCACGAUGGCGAGAUGUUCAGCCGCAAAGGCUGCCAAGGACCCUUCAACGAAUUUUCAAGCGCCGGGAGAACCAAACGUCACACCCUACUACGGGCCUCCCGAGCUUGCGGCGGGGGCGAGUGCUUGAGAGGGAGGUUAGUGUGAGGCGUUUGGGCUGUAUAUAUUUCGCUCGAGGCGUUGAAAGAAGCAGCAUGUAUGUUAUACCACGAAUACAGCUUUCCCUGUGUGCACAAGCCCAUCACAGGGCCCACCGAACAACAC